AUGACAUCCGAUUCGACUCCAGAAGACAGCUUUGAGCUGUACGACCUCAGGGUUGAAGUCGUGUGUCCGCCCGGAAAGAGGAUCAUGUGCGGGGCCAAGGAAGGGGACUAUUUCACCCUUAAGGGCGAAAUGCUUCACCUACCGCCAGGUCAAGGCAUCAGCAUCUACAGCCUUUGUGGGUUGACAACUCCCACCCCAGAAGGACUCAAAUAA